UGUCUUCAGAGACAUUGGCUGCCUCUUCUUUCUCUGAUGGACUCUAAACCCUCUCGAUUCUACUCCACUCCUUAAACCUCUCCAGUUUUUGUGUAAUUCUGUUGUCAUACGGUUUAUUGUGUGGUUGCUGAAUCUUGAAAAUUUAGGAUCCAAUGGUUAGGAGAUUUUUAUCGGCCCUGCUGUCUCCAGAGUUUUUUCGGUUGAGGAUCCCAGUUGUAAAUUUGUAACCAGUUUUUUUGCCCUGCUUUCUCCGCCGGCCGAUCGAUCGAUUAUCGACCUGUAUGCCUGGUGGUGUCCGUGAGCUGCUCUUGAUUUCUUCCAAGAAUACAAAAAAAAAAAGGAUUACAGCUUUGCCAGUGGAGUUUCCUUUUUGUGCUCCUCGUGUUUGUUCUUGGGCAGAAAGCCUGACGAAACUGAAUCCUCCAACAAAAGCAAAUGGCGAAGCGUGGGCUUUGUUGUUAAUUAUACUUUUUGAGUUUGCCCAUUCCUCGAGGUUGGUAGUGGUGAACUGGUUGGUGUUGGUGUUGUUGUUGAUGCUUCUUUGAUGAGCGCACUGUUGCUUGCAGGGCUCCUUAAUUAAUCGCUUUUUCCCAAGAUUUCGUUUUUAAUUUAUAUUUAUAUACUCUUCUUUUUUUCUCCGGCUUCUAGGUAGAAGCAGGGGGAGACAGAGCGGCCAGUGUCUUUCUCUACAAGAAAUUCCUCGGUUUCCACGCGCGCUUUGGCAUUUCUUUUCUUUUGUUUUUCUUUUUUUUACCUUUCCUUUCAUCUCUUCCGCUGGUUUUGUGGGAUAUUUGUGGGGGGUUUUGGGGGUUUAGAAUCUCUUUGAUUUCUUGUGCUUUUUCUUGCUUUUUCUCGUGAUGUUGGAGUGGUGUGUUUUCUGAUUUGAUCCGCCCAAGUAGCGAUUUUCUUUUUUCUUUUCUUGUUGUUUGUUUGGAGGGGGGAAAAGGUUGCGAUCUUGGUGGCGCGCCGAUGGCGUCGUCGUGCAUCCCCACCGGCCUCCGGCUGGACCUGGAGAUGGUAAAGGCGGCGGCGCCGCCCGGUGGCUCGUCGGCGGCGGCGCACUCGUCGGCGUCGUCGACGCUGUCGGAGGCGUCGAACUCGUCGUCGUCGUCGGUGGCGUCGCUGUCGCUGAAGCGGGCGCGCACGCCGCGGAAGCGGCCCAACCAGACGUACAACGAGGCGGCGGCGCUGCUCGCGUCCAUGUACCCCUCCGUGUUCCCCGUCAUCAAGGGCGCCGGGACGGCGCCGCCGCGGCUGCUCGGCCUCGCCACCGCGCUCGCCGACGACCCCUCCUCCUCCGAUCUCCUCCCGCCGUUCCCCGUCCUCGGGAACGGCAGCGCCGCGCACCUCCUCCGCGACACGCCGCCGCCGCCGACGCCGCGGUGCCCCGCCCCCAUCAAGAGCUGUUCGUCGCCGGCGCCCGUAAGCAGCGUGUUCAGGGAGUUCCGCGACGCGGCGCCGUCGCCCGGAACGCCCGACGCCGACGCCGACGUCACCGACGACGACUACCUCGGGGAGCUUGAUUUCGAAGACGAAGACGGAUUCGACGCCGACUCUUUCCUCGCCGUCGAUGACGGCGUGGCCGAGGGCAUCGAUAGAAUCAUGGGCAAACUCAGCAUGGAGAAGAACUCCGCAGCCGCGUCCCGCGCCGACGCCGUCCUGUCCAGCGCCGCCAUACAUCCAUACAUUAGAAGCCUCAUGGUGCUCGGUCUCGGGUUCCGGCAAGGCCGGCUCAACGCCGGCCAAGCACUGAAGCGGCAUGACGAUGAGAGUGAUUGGUGGAUGUGCCCUGCCAUACCAGUGAAGGAAAUCGCGGCGCCUCCUGCGCCAUCGGUGGCUAUGCCGGUGCCAGUGCCGAUGCCAUUGCAGGCUUCAGAUAAGAAGAAGAAGAAGAGUAAGAAGAAGUCACUGAAGGAAAUAGAAAGGGAUAAUGCCAUUGCUGUUGGUGAAUGUAAGUUUGGUGAUGAGGGAACUCUGGGCUUUGAUCAUGGUGAUGCUGGAAUUUCGGCGCUGAAGGACCCAAAGAUAGGAUUGGGCCUGAAUCUGAACACUGAAGAGGUGCUGAAGGCUUGGUGUAACAGUGGUUCUGUUUUCGCUGGCUGCGAUGCACUUGAAUCACCAAGAUCCUCCUCUGAUUUGCAUGCUAAACUUGCAGACAUUGAUCUAUUUUUAGAUAAUAAUACAAGCGGUGUUAUCCGGGAAGGAAGCAUGCUGAAAUUGCGGCACAAGCAGAAGCAGUGCACUCCCCUCCUCUCCAAUAAGACCCGGUAUCAAUCGCGGAAGGUGAAUGCUGAAUGUCGGCCUCGGGUCAAGGGGAAGUAUGUUAGCCAGGCUUCUCUUCUUCAACAAGCCUCAGAGAAAGAGAGGUAGAAAAUGAUAAAAGUCCUCCCAUGGACAUUUUUGGGGCCUCACUCUCCCCCUCCUAAAGAGAAGCAAAUGUGCUUCUCUCUUUUUCAUUUCUGCACUUUAAUCAUGUAAAGGGUAGAGAUGCCUGUAGAGUGGCAUGUUGCUAUGGGGAUCAGAUAAUCUUUGUCCAGUUCUCCAGCUAUAAAAAUGAUGAGGUUAUCACCCCCAGUUAAUGGAGUAGUAGUAUUUUCUGUUCUGUUCUUUCAUCUUAAUCCUCUGAAAGGCAAAAGAAGAGAAAAAAACCAAACAGGGAGAAAUGAUUAUGAGAUGAAAUUUGUUAGCCA